CAGGACAGGGCUUUAGUGAGUGAGUGAGUGAGUAAGAGAGUGAGAGAGAGAGAGAGAGAGAGAGAGAGAGAGAGAGAGAGAGAGAGAGAGGGAGAGGACAAGUAUAGAGAGAGUGUGUGUGUAUAAACGACGGGAUCAGACGGGUAACGGAGCGAGACACACACACUCAGGAGCUGAAGCAGUAGAGAGGGAAAUGGCGUGUCUAGCCACUCUCUCACUGUGUUUACUGACCACUCUCUCUGGACUAACUCUGACCAGCGCUGAGCAGAACGUCUUUACAGUAUGUGCGCGAGGUUUCUUCAUGAGUGAACAGCUCACCUGUCUGCCCUGUAACUGUAAAGGCCACGCCCAAACCUGUGAGGACAUCACUGGAAUCUGCAUCGACUGUCAGGACCACAGUGUGGGAAAUUUCUGUGAGGACUGUGAGGACGGAUAUGUUUUGGAGGUUUUCCCAGAUGGCCGUCAUGAGUGCCGCCCGUGUGCCUGCCCCAUCUCUCUGGAGUCCAACAACUUUGCUGCUUACUGUGAUAAGAAGGGUGUGGUCCUGCGGUGUGUGUGCCAGGAGGGCUAUGCCGGACACUACUGUGAGAGGUGUGCUCCAGGUUACUAUGGAAACCCCAUGCGCGUGGGCAGCUCCUGUAAGAAGUGCGACUGUAACGGGAACACAGACCCCAAUCUGAUCUUUAAUGAGUGCCAUAAUGUGACAGGACAGUGCCUCCACUGCUGGGACAACACGGCUGGGCACAACUGCGAGAGAUGUGCCCCCGGUUAUUAUGGCGACGCCAUCGGUGCCAAAGAUUGCCGGGAGUGCCAGUGUAACAAGUGUGGAACAUCGUCCUGUGAUGAUCGAACAGGAGUGUGUCACUGCAAACCGGGUGUCACAGGACGACUGUGUGACCAGUGUGAGGAGGGUUAUUCAGGAUUCAGCAGUUGUCAGGGUUGCCGUCGUUGUGAGUGUGCUCCCGCUGGAUUGAGGGCCACCUGCCACCCCCUCACGCAUUCCUGCCAGUGCCAACCAGGGGCCGGAGGCCGGUACUGCGAGCGCUGUUUGCCCGGCCACUGGGACUAUACUCCCAACGGCUGCAAGAAGUGUGACUGUCCUGAGGGAAGCUGUGACAUGCACACAGGAGAGUGUUUACCAGAAACCUCUCAGGUCAGCGAGUGCAACACCGAAUGUGAUGAAUGUAUCUGGCAUCUGAUUGGUGAUGUCCGGCAGUCCAACAAAACUGUGGAUCAGUUGAGGAACACCGUACUGAACAUCUCAACUGGAGCUGCGGCAAAUGACCGCAUCAAGUACUACAACUACACUGCCCUCAGACUACAGGCUCAGUUUGUAGGAUGGAAGAAUAAAUCCACAGUGUUGAGGAGGCAGACGGGGCAGCUGGAAGAAUCAGCGGACACACUGCUAACAGACAUGGAGCUACUUAAACAACAGGAGGAGGAUGUGGCCUCUCUGGGGAGACGAGCGGAUGAGGAAACGCUGCAAAGCUCCACGCUAGCUGAGACGCUAAUGGCUAAUCUGACUGCUGUGAAUGUGCUCAUAGAAGUUAUUAUCAGUGACUGGGAGCUCUACAGUGUUCAGCAGGAGGUUAACCCGGCGGUUCAGAGGCAAAAGCAGCUGGAGGCUGAGCGGAUGCUGAACUGGAUCAAAGAGCUCGACCUGUCACCUAAAGAACCCCUCACUACCCAGGAGUUCUCACAGGCUCAAGAACUCUUUCGGCAGGUGCGGCAGAUGGAGAAGCGUGUAGUGGGGACUGAAGGUCGUGUUCCUGCAGUGAGAGAACUGAUGAACCGCUUCAGCUCCAAAAUCUCCAACGCUCAGCUCCUGAUCAGCAAAGCAGAAGAUACCCUGCAGAACAGCUACACCACACACUCCACCAACCAGCUCAGACUGCAGCGCCUACAGUUUCAGCAGCAGCGUCUGUUGGAAAAUUAUGGGGCUGUCAAUCAAACCAUGAGGACAGCUAAAGAAGUCUAUGAUGAAGCAGAUGCUGGAGUGGAGGAGCUGGACAUCAUGGUAACAAACAUCACCGCGUACCAUGCGGAGGUGGACGGUGCCCAGGCAUCUCUACAGAACAAGAUUGAUCAGCUCUCUGAAGUUGACUAUGAGUUGCUGGAGAGAGCAACUGAUCACGCAGAAGAACUAGAGAGACACGCAGACGAGCUCAAGCAUAAUCUGAAGGGAAGUGAUGCGAACGGCUUUGUGCAGAAAGCCCUGGAUGCUUCCAACGUGUAUGACAACAUCGUCAAAUACAUAAACGACGCCAACAUCACCAGUCUGACCACCCUCAACCAAUCACAACGGGCUGAAGAUGCCAUCACCGGCAUCAAGUCUCAGCUACAUUUCCUCAAAAAUCAGAGUGACAACAUGUUCAAGAGAUCUGUUACACUGCACUCGGAACAACAGGAGAUGGAGUCAACCGUUGCUGACACUUUAAACUACAUAGAGGAGACUAAAGACAUGAGGCAAUCAUCCAGCAAUAAACUGGAAGCUAUUGUUGAAGACAUCAAAACAAUCCAGGAAGCCCGUCAGCCACUGCAGCUGCAGGUGACUCUGGAGGCGGCAGAGGUUUGUCUGAAUCGGUCAACCGAAGUGCUGGACACAGUGACCCCAAUCAAAGAGAGAGUGGAGGAGUGGAACAGGAACAUGAGGAACAACCAGUACUCUACACACGCUUACGAACAGGCUGUUGAUUCUGCACAGGAUACAGUGGCGGACCUGUCUGAGAUUGUGCCGACGUUGUUGACUAAGCUGCGAUCCGUGGAGGAGGCGAAGCCUGUAAACAACGUCACGACCAACAUCAUGAGAAUCCGAGAGCUGAUAGCACAGGCUCGUAGUGUCGCUCGAAAGGUCCAGGUGUCAAUGAAGUUUAAUGGUCAGUCUGCGGUCGAAGUCCAGCCCCAUUCCAAUCUGGACGAGCUGAAGGCCGUGACCUCUAUUAGCCUGUAUGUUCGAGUCGAUCCGGACAAGGACCCCAUUGAGGAUCGAUUCCUGCUCUACCUCGGAGACAAGAAUGGCGGUAAGGACUACAUGGGCCUGGCGAUAAAGAAUGAUAACCUGGUGUUUGUGUAUAAUCUUGGAGGAGAGGAUGUGGAGAUUUCUUUGACCUCCAAACCUGUGAGCUCCUGGCCUCCAGUCUUUAACCUUGUUAGAGUAGAGAGGCUGGGCCGUCAUGGUAAAGUGUUCCUGACCGUGCCCAGUCAAGAGACCACAGCGGAACAGAAGUUCAUUCAGAAAGGUGAAGCUGAUGGAACAGAUUCUCUCUUCCACCUGGACCCCAAAAACACUGUCUUCAUCGUGGGGGGAGUUCCUCCUGACAUAAAGCUGCCUCCUGCUCUGAGUCUGGCUCCAUUUGUUGGCUGCAUUGAACUGGCCACUCUCAAUAAUGACGUCAUCAGCCUCUACAACUUCAAAAAGCUGCACAUGAUGAACGUCGUCACAUCUGUGCCGUGCCCGAGGUAUAAGCUGGCGUUCUCUCAGGGCAGAGUAUCCAGUUAUCUGUUUGAUGGGAUGGGUUACGCUCUGGUCAAUAACAUUGAGAGACGGGGCAGAAUUGGAGUGGUCACCAGGUUCGAUAUUGAAGUACGAACAGUCGCCAACAAUGGCAUCCUCUUCCUCAUGGUCAAUCAGUCAAAUUUCUUUGUACUUGAACUGAAAAACGGAUUCCUGCGGCUGGUGUAUGAUUUUGGCUUCGCUAACGGUCCCAUCGUCAUGGAGAGCAACUUGGCCAAACUGCAGAUAAAUGAUGCCCGAUAUCACGAGGUGUCUGUGAUUUACCACUUCUCCAAGAAGGUUGUUUUACUGGUGGACAGAGGAUUUGUGAAAUCUAUGGAGAAUGAGAAGAAACCGCUGCCUUUCUCUGAUAUUUACAUUGGAGGAGCUCCAUCCAACCUGCUUCUGUCCAGGCCUGAGCUGUCCUCUCUGGUGGGACUGAGGGGCUGCGUAAAGGGAUUCCAGUUCCAGAAGAAAGACUUUAAUCUAUUGGAGGAGCCAGGAACUAUAGGCAUUAGUAGCGGCUGCCCAGAGGAAUCUUUUAUGUCACGCCAGGCAUAUUUCACAGGCGAGGGUUACCUGAGCUCAACAGCCAAGAUCUCCCCGUUCAGCUCAUUUGAAGGAGGAAUGAACUUCAGAACGCUGCAGUCGUCCGGCCUGCUCUUCUACUACAAUGAGGGGCCGAAUGAGUUUACUCUCUCACUGGAGAACGGUGCUGUCGUGCUUCACUCCAAAGGAACAAAAGUUAAAUCACAAAAAAAGAACUACAGUGAUGGACGACCUCAUUUCCUGGUGGUGUCUGUGACCAAGCAGAAGUAUCAGAUUGUUAUUGAUGACAGAGAUAAGCAGGAGAAGAAAAAUUCGGAUUCAUCACAGACUGAAAACACUCUGAAGACGUUCUUCUAUGGAGGAUCUCCAUACAAUAAAAUACAGAACUUCAGCGGCUGCAUCAGCUACACUUACAUUAGCAGGCAGGACCGGGAUAUAGAAGCAGAAGAUUUCCAGCGCUACACUGAGAAUGGGAACGUGUCUCUGCAGGACUGUCCUGUGGAGAGGCCACCCGCUGCUCUGAUGUCUGCAGACAGAGCUCAGUCUACAGCGGCCCGCAAGGUGGGCAGGGAUAAGACUGGUGUGCUGCAAGGCAUUCUGGGAUUGCAGAGUGACCCUAUAGCAGCCCCAGAGGCAGAGGCCAAGCCUUGUUACAUGAUCCCUCAGUCCCAGGCCAAUACACAUGCCCACCAGUUCAGCGGCUCUGCCCACAGCAGACAGGAGUAUGAUGGAGUGGCGGAGGGCAUCAGAGAGAGAUCUCGUUUCUCUAUGUCUGUAAAGACCCAGUCAGCAGCCGGUGUUGUGCUGUAUGUGUCUGACGAGUCUGAGGAGAACUUUCUGUCCCUCUACCUGUCCCACGGAAAACUCUUCUUCACCUUCGGCUCCGGUCAGCAGAAGCUCCGCCUCCGCACCACCGACACGUACAACGACGGACAGUGGCAUGAUAUAAGUGUGACCAGGGACGGUGCUGUGGUAAAGCUGAUAGUGGAUAGACGGCCGGUGGUGGAGAACAGAAAUUUCCCUAUACUCCUCCAGGAUCCACUCUACGUGGGAGGAGUCUCACCCGGGCGUGCUCUCAAACACAUACCGAAGACCUCUGUGUCCAGUCUAUCAGGCUGUGUGAAGGACCUGCAGCUAAACGGACGCAGGAUCUCCUCAGUUUCCUGCAGCUUUGGAGUCACACCUUGUUUAGAGGGUCCCGUCGAGUCUGGGGCCUAUUUCUCUGAGGAGGGAGGAUACGUGGUUCUGGACGACUCCUUCAGCUUGGGGUUGAAGUUUGAGGUGGUGGUGGAGGUGCGCCCCCGUGUGGUCUCAGGUGUACUACUGCAUGUCUUCUCUUCAUCAGAAGAGUACCUGACUGUCUACCUCCACCAGGGCCAGGUGAUGGCCCAGGUAAACAGUGGAGUCGGGGUUUUCUCUACACACGUUACUCCUCAGGAGGCCAUCUGCGAUGGAAACUGGCACAAAAUCACAGUGAUCAGAGACUCUAACGUGGUGCAGCUGAUUGUGGACUCUGAAGUGACUCAUGUGGUGGGACCCGUUAGCCCCAUCACCUCGAACACAGAGACCACCAGAGCGCCCGUCUUCAUUGGAGGAGCUCCAGAUUCUCUGCUUCCUGUGGGUGUGGUCAGUAGGCGGAGCUUCUCAGGCUGUAUGAGGAACCUGUUUGUGGGUGAAUCUGCUGUGGAUCUCAGCAAGGCGGCGCUGGUCAGCGGAGCUGUGAGCUUAAGCAGCUGCCCUGCUGCAUAAACUGCUGCUCUGCUCCGUAUCGCCACUGUGUCUUUAAUAAACAACACAACGAAGCUACAUCAGCACUUCUUCUGACAUUUUCCUUCAUCCCUGCACUUAAUAAUUACAUGACUCGGCUGUGUCUCAAAUCACACCAACACACUGUCUAUAAACACCUAAUGAGAAUCUGAUGUCCAUAGGUGAACAGAAAGUAGCCACUGUGUCAAGAUCAAGUCUGUGUGGAUCAUAAACAUAAACAUAGAUACAUUUACACCAAUUAUACAGAGCCUAUUAACAGCAACAACAGCUGAUUGGAUGGUUAAAAUGUGUUUAUUAAUGAUUAUUAAUCAGGUCAUGAACACACAAAUAUCAUUACUACAGUUUUAACCCUAAUAAACAAGAAUACUUGCUUUACAAAUAGUGAGCUAUCAUUCAUUCACAUUGUUUAAACUCAAAUAUUGCUGGUUCCUGAUCUCACUGUCAAACUUCUCAGUUAUUAAAUGAUUAGGAGCAUUGAUCAUGAAUGAAGUAUGGAUGAGCAAAUGAAUAAAUACCAGUGUGUAUAACUAACUACACAUUUAUUGCUUUCUUUUCACCCUUGUGUUCUCAUUGAUUGUAGCUCUUUGCUCGUUAACCUUUCAUCUUUCACAGUACUGGAUUCAGAGUUGGCAAAAUUUCUAGAUAUCCAAUCUUCUAGAAAUUUGUCUGAGGCUAACAAUGCAUCACUCUAAUCAUGUUUUUAAGCCUUUUACACAUUUCACAAACUCCGGUCCAUAGCUUUUGUUGGCAAUUUCCAAAAUCAGUUCCUAAAGUCUUGUUUUAACUGAGUGGUAAUUUGGAUACAAAAAUGUUCAAGUAAAAUCACGUAAUAAUAAAGUUCUUGAGUUAAAUUUUCCAUGUCAUCAGUGUUUUAAAAUGUAGUGCUCAGUUCCAUGAUGUUCAUGUGUGUGUGUGAUAGUUUAACAGUCAUUUUAACACUGAAACACAUACUCCAUGAGAACUUCUACCAUCUGUUCUAUACCAUCACAGGUAUAGAAGAUGUUUGUUCACGAUUCUGUUUUGGACACAGUGGUUUUAAUAAAGAAUUUAUUUUCUCUAUAAUAUUCCUUUAUAACUAAUACUUUGCACUUUUUAAGCCUGUGUUAAAUGUUCAGUAUUGACCACAGAUCAGUGUUAUUGUUCAUUGUAAACUCAGAAAACCAAGAAACACGAUCGAUCAGUGACCUCAGAUACCUUCGAUCGGCAAAGACAUGUUUGGAAUCUGAUGUGUGCUGCUUUAGUUUAUAACUGGAGAUGCUAGGCUAACACUGCUAACAACACUAGACUUAGACGGUCACCAAUCUAACCCUAAAACACAGCCAAAAUGUGCUUUAUUUACUUUACAAACCAGCAUAGAUGGACCUUACUGACAUGUGUACAUUAAAGGUGGAACUGCAUUGUCGUCCUUAAAACACCUUUUUGUAAUUUUAUUAAACACUGUGCUGAGGUAAAUGUGGUUUUAAAAGGUUUUGUUUUUAGGUGUGUUUACAAAGAUGUGAAUAGUGACACUCUAACUCCUGUGUUCCUUAGCUUGUCCGUUAGCCUUUCAACUUCAACCCUACUAUUACUAACUAAAGAAGCUCAUGAAGCUUCAGUUGUGCUCCUUUAUGAAGUGGGGAAAGGAUGUGUCAUGUGUCUGUUGGUUGUACCUCACUACUUUUUGUUAAACAUUUAUUAAAACCUGUCUUUUUUACCUGUCCCUCCUUCUCAAUAAAAGUUCCUGUUUUAAACAGCU